CUAAUAUUACUUUUCCUGUGUACCUCUCAGUGUCGCCACAACAUCGAUCGAAAUCGAAUCACACAGCCGUGUUGCUGUUGUUGUUGUUGUUGGUCGGGGGCCCUUCAAUCAGCUGUCAAAUGAAAAUGUCAAAAUAUCAAAAGUGAAAAAGGCAAAGUAAACUUGGGCCCGGGGUCUCGAGCCCAUUAUUGUAUUUCUUCUACUGCUGCUGCCAGCCUUUUAAGAGUUCUCCUGUUCUCGUCUUCUUUGCUUUUGAGUGUCCAUAUGUGCACCUAUACAUGUACAUAUGUAGAAAUCUCGUCGGCAUGUGCAGCAUCUAGAUUCGUUGAGCUGAGAUAGAUCGCUGAUCGGUGAUAACCCAUUUGGCAAUUGACAAACAGCCGGCAGUUUUCGUUGAUCUGCGAGUGAGUGAGUAGUGUCCCCAUAUAUGCGAUGCAUGCGAUUCAAGUGAACGCUGGUGGUCCGUCGAUUGCCGCUGCCCGACCCUCCUCCUCUUACGUGCCCUGCAUAACCUUUACUCCUGGUCAGAUGGCAGCCGAAAUGGGAGAGCAGCGGAUUGGACAGCUUGUCGCCGAACGGACAAACCAAAAGCGUUUCUUCUACGGUAUCGAACUGAUGGCCAGUAAUAUCCGUGGCAAGCCAACUUGCGUUGACUUUAAUAACUUCCUGCCACUCCUGCCGACCUUUGUGAGUAUCGUCUGGCUGAGUCAGCGUUACUGGGGUGUAGAGCCAGUGGAUCAGGUGGAAAGUCUUCAGUUGACCGAACAUCUGGCUACCAACAUACCCGUCCUAACCCAUUUGUCUGCAUAUAGAUUGGAUAAGGAGCGUCUUGAUAAGUUACUGGCUAUGAAUAUUACCAGUGUUCUGGCCGUUCGAGGGGAUCAAGUUCAUGAGGGUCAGGACUAUCAGAUUAGUCUGCCAAUUGUCGUGGAAUCAAAGCAGAAAAGAGGUGAGAAAAUUUCCGUAUGCGUGGGUGGAUACCCAGAGGGAUACACCAGCUUGGGCGAUUUCCCCCCGGACUUAGCUAAGAACAUGGAGUACCUAAAGGCAAAGGUAUCGGCUGGAGCAGAUUGCAUUAUCACCCAGUUAAGCUACCAACCCGAGGUCAUAGUGCAGUUUGUUAGGGAUUGUCGGGCUGCUGGGAUUACGAUACCCAUAGUAAUUGGACUGAUGGCCCACGAAUCUAUUCGAACUUAUAGAGCUAUCCAAAAAAUAGCCAAUAUUCAUCUUCCAACUGAUUUACGCGAAGAACUUAAUCAGCUUAUAGCAGCUGAUGGGAAGGAUAUGAUAACUGACCAGGAUCCGAUUAAGAAGUUCUUCGUUCGCCUUACAGUCGAGACAGUUCGUCAUAUUCUGGAUGCCGAUGUGGGCAUUUGGGGCUUCCAUUUCUUCACUCUCAACCACUUCAAACCUGUGAAAGCUGUGCUGCAAGAACUUCGUAAACAGAAUCUGCUGAAGGAUCUUGAACAGGAUAAAUAAACUAAAUUUUAUGUAAUUUUGUUGAUCGACAACCUCAGGUAAAUGCUAAGAAAGCUAAUAAAGAUAAAAAAAAUCUACAAAAUCCUAA